GCCAGACAUCUGCUCCUCACAUGAAUGCACUCACCUCCUAGAGACCAGGCUGCCAUCAUGCUCUGGAAGCUCGUGGAGAAUGUCAAGUACGAAGAUAUCUAUGAGAUGUUAGUCCACACCUAUUCAUCCAUGGACCGGCACGAUGGCGUCCCGAGCCACAGCUCUCGGCUCUCCCAGCUGGGCUCGGUGUCCCAAGGACCUUACUCGAGCGCCCCGCCGCUGUCCCACACCCCAUCGUCAGACUUCCAGCCGCCCUACUUCCCGCCCCCCUACCAGCCGCUCCCCUACCACCAGAGCCAGGACCCCUACUCCCACGUCAACGAUCCCUACUCCCUGAACCCACUGCACCAGCCCCAGCAGCACCCCUGGGGGCAACGGCAGCGGCAAGAAGUAGGUUCCGAAGCCGGCUCUCUCCUGCCCCAGCCUCGGGCCGCCUUGCCCCAGCUCUCGGGCCUCGACCCCCGAAGGGACUACCACUCGGUCCGCCGGCCGGACGUGCUGCUGCAUUCAGCGCAUCACGGCCUGGACGCGGGCAUGGGUGACAGCCUCUCGCUGCACGGCCUCGGCCAUCCCGGAAUGGAAGACGUCCAGUCAGUUGAAGAUGCCAAUAACAGCGGCAUGAAUCUAUUGGACCAGUCUGUCAUAAAAAAAGUUCCGGUUCCUCCCAAAUCUGUGACUUCUCUGAUGAUGAAUAAAGAUGGCUUCCUGGGAGGCAUGUCCGUCAACACGGGCGAGGUGUUUUGCUCAGUGCCCGGCCGUUUGUCUCUGCUCAGUUCCACUUCAAAGUACAAAGUAACUGUGGGGGAAGUUCAGAGACGGCUGUCGCCCCCCGAAUGCCUCAAUGCCUCUCUCCUCGGCGGCGUCCUCAGAAGAGCCAAAUCGAAAAAUGGGGGGAGAUCUUUGCGAGAAAGGCUAGAAAAAAUCGGUUUGAAUUUACCCGCGGGCAGGCGCAAAGCAGCAAAUGUCACGUUACUCACCUCCCUGGUGGAAGGAGAAGCUGUUCAUUUAGCUCGGGAUUUUGGGUACAUCUGCGAAACAGAGUUUCCUGCCAAAGCUGUUUCUGAGUAUUUGAACCGGCAGCACACGGACCCCAGUGACCUGCACUCCCGAAAAAAUAUGCUGCUGGCCACCAAGCAACUUUGUAAAGAAUUUACGGAUCUGCUGGCACAGGACCGGACGCCGAUCGGGAACAGCCGGCCCAGCCCCAUCCUGGAGCCGGGGAUCCAGAGCUGUCUCACGCACUUCAGCCUCAUCACGCACGGCUUCGGCGCCCCUGCCAUUUGCGCUGCGCUCACGGCCCUGCAGAACUAUCUCACCGAGGCCCUCAAAGGCAUGGACAAGAUGUUCUUGAACAACACCACCACUAACAGGCACACGUCUGGGGAAGGCCCAGCUUUGCCCGCAUGGUUUAUGAGCUUCUUCAAAGAGGACUGGGGCUUCCUACACAAUCUAUAAGGGCAACGCGCCCCACGCGUGUGACGUGCGAGAGACGCGAUGGAAGCGCCUUGCUCUUACUGUGCAGGUCCUGAGAGCGUGUGGGCCACUCGCGCCCAGUCGUGUUGAGGACAUAGAAUCAGCUGCUGGAGGGGCCGCGGGCCGCGUGGGCCCUUCCCGCUCUCGGUCUCAUCUUAAGGGCUAAGGCGACCGAGAUAGCCCCAUUCUCCAGUAGGUAAUGGGGAGGUGUCCGAGGGCUGCAGGCGGGGAGGGGUCUCAGUGCUGCCUAGGCCCUUUGCUACCAGCGGCCACUCGGGGCGCCUGUCCCCAGAGGGCAAGUGGCCUAGAAAUGUCCAGGGAACCGGAAGUUUUCCCCGCCUUUGCUAGGACGAAAACUCCAUCCUCAGGCUCCUAACGGCGGGUGACGGGAUGGAAUAUGAUCUUACUUGGCUACACAGGCUUCCCUGGUCCUUCACCCUCAUUCCUACGUUCCUCUCACACCCCACAAAGUAGAGCUGGGUGUGCGUCUCCUCCGCCCCCUACCCCCUGUGGAGAGAGCUCGUGCCCCCUCACCCUCCCUCACUUCAGCUUUCUAGUACGACUCCCACCCCAUUUCUUUCCUUAGCUAGGCUCUCUAUGUUUAUCUGAUAAUUGAGUUAUUAAAAGAUUUGGUUUCCUUGGGCCCAUAAAUCAAUAAACAGUAGGAUUAACGCAAGAGUUUGCCUUUUAAAUCAAGGGAAACAGUUAAAGCAAGCCUUCUUGAGCUUUGUUUUCAAACCAAACAGGUGAGUUGCAGCUCUCCCCUCACCCUACGCUCUUUGGACAAUUUAUCAGGCCCCCUGCCCCUCUCAAGUGCUCGGUGGCGAACCAAAAUGGCUACAGACAGAAAGGAGGAGUCAGGCUGAAGCAGUAUUGCCCUCACACUUUCCAAUUUGUAAGUUCCUUUGGAGGUUCUUAAGGUCUCCUGACCAUUCUCUGACCACCACUGCCUCUUUCUAUAAAAUUGUGAGUCUCAGGGGAGCCCUCCACCAAUAUAGCAGUUCUGGGUAGGAUGCCAUCUCAAAGUGAUCUUGAACUUCUCCCCCAAAUUGGAAAGGUACCCCACCCCUGCCUCGCCCCAUUUAUCUUGCCUUUUCUUUCCUUCUCUCUGGCUCCACAUCCUUAGCGUUCUCCACCCCCACAUAAAGAACCGAAGAGGCUUUUAAAAGACCAUGCUGUUUUAUUUUCUUUGGCCAAGGAAACUACUUUCUCUCAAGCAAUUAUUUCAUAUUCUAAGAAAACUUUGGUCAAAUAGAAACCCAGAAACCCCGAACUUAUCUACACACUACACUGUUCCUCUGGUACAAAGCCUUACUUAGAAGGGCAACUCAUUCCUACUUACAGUGUUUAUAGAGAAUUUGUCAUCACAUCUGAUAUCCUGUAUGCGUAAUAAAUUUUAUGGAAAGGAUAUAACCUUAAAUCAUCUGAUGUUGCCUCAAAAGCCCAAACAGUGUUUUCCCUCCUAUGCUGAUGUAUGUUAAGUUAUCUGGGGGAAAAAAAAAAGAAAGAAGUUAAAUAUCAAAAUUUGUUUUAUUUUCAUUUAAAAGUGGAACAAAAACUAUUCUUUAAAUGCCAAUAUUGACUCCUCUGUUGAGUUGGUCUCUAAUUCACUAACAUUGUUUCUGCCACACAAUCAAGAAAUAUCAAUCUAUUGACUCUUCAGAAGAACUCUGGAGGGUAUCCAUGUUAAGUUUGUAUAUAUUUAUUUAUGCUUAAUUUAAUGGGAAUGUGUAAAUAUGGCGAGCAAGUAGUUUGGGGUUAUUUAUCUGUGAAUCUAUACCUCUGUGAAUGGGUGGUUAAAAAAAAAAAAAAACCCCGCUUGACCCUAGAUAGAAUCCUAUCUGAAUUUUUCUGUUCUUUAUAGACAAGCUGUUAUGGUAAUGGGUAGAAAUUGGUUUAUUGUCCAGUGUUGAUCUGAUUUACAUAAAUAAAAGGAUCGUUGUGUUUUCAUCUUCAGUUUCUUGAAUAUGGAUAUUGUUUAAUUCUACAAACAGAAAAAAGAAACUAUAGCC